CUGCAUUUAAAAUCCAGGUUUGAAGUCCGAACUACAAAUUUCCAAAAUAACCCAAACAUCAGACACUCACAUUACAUAGUUACUGUCAGUGGAACGUGCAAUGUUUGAGUGAAGCUCUGUUGUGUUUUUUUUUUCGUCCAACCCCUGAAUCUGUAGGCUUCAGUUGUUCAUUUUAUCAGAGUGUAAAGCAGUUUGUGCUUAGGCAAUAAUAAUUUUGUAUAUUUAGUUAUUUACUGUAAAUAAGAUCGGUAUGGGUGACGGAGAACCAGUGAAUGAGGUUUCUAAGGCCGAUUCCAAUGGAAAGAGCUUGCAGGAAAAAACUUUGGAAGAAAUUACUGAGAAAAAGGACUUGGAAACUGAUGGAGGAAAAGGUUUGGAGAACAAUGGAAUCAAAGAGAAUAUUGUCAAAGAAAAUGAUGAUAAGAAAGCUGAUGGUGUAAAAAAGGUAGAAGAGGACACAAAAACAGUUGUUGUGGAAGAAGAAGCAAAAGAGGAUCAGAAAAAAGAUGGGGUGAAAGAAACAAAAGAGGAUCAGAAAGAAGAUGGGGUGAAAGAAACAAAAGAGGAUCAGAAAGAAGAUGGGGUGAAAGAAACAAAAGAGUAUCAGAAAGAAGAUGGGGUAAAAGAAGUAAAAGAGGAUCAGAAAGAAGAUGAGAUGGAAGAAGCAAAAGAGGAUCAGAAAGAUGGAGUUGAAGAUGUAAAAGAGGAUCGGAAAGAUGGAGUUGAAGAUGCAAAAGAGGAUCAGAAAGAAGAUGAGGUGGAAAAAGUAAAAGAGAAUAAGAAAGCUGAUGAAAAUGUGGAAGAAAUAAAAGAGGAUAAGGAAGUUGAUGGUGCAGAAGUAAAGGAGGGGAAGGAACAUGAUGUGAAAGAAGUCAAGGAGGAUAAGGAAGUUGAUGAUGUGAAAAAAGUAGUAGAAGAUAAAAAGGGUGAUGAUUUGAAAGAAAUAGAGGAGGAUACGAAAGCUGAUCGUAUUUCUGAGAAUGAUGACAUGGAUGAAGACACUGGUGCAACUGAAACAAUGGAAGGUAAACAAGAAAAUGAAAAAGUGAAAACUGAUGAAACAGAGGUGGAGGCUAUGGAAGUAGACGGUGGCAUUAAGGAGAAGGAGGAGAGUGAUGAAAAGGAGAAAAUUGGAGUGGCCCUGGAGGAGGAUGAAGAUGAGGAUAAGGAUAAUAUUGAUAAGUCAAAAGAAGACAAGGCAGAAGAUAGUAAGGCUGAGAAAGGACCAAAGAAACGUGGGAGAGGGAAGAACAAUGGGGAGAAAGUGAAAGAUAAAAGGAAGGAACUUAAGAAAAUUGAGCCAAGGACUCCUACUAUUGAUCGCCCUGUGCGGGAAAGGAAAUCAGUUGAGAGGUUGGUAGCAUCAAUUGAUAAAGAUGCAUCCAAAGAAUUUCACAUUGAAAAGGGUCGUGGUACACCCUUAAAAGAUAUACCAAAUGUGGCUUUUAAGCUAUCUAGAAGGAAGACUGAUGAUACCUUCAAAUUGCUCCACACAAUUCUCUUUGGAAGGAGAGGGAAGGCAAUUCAGAUCAAGAGUAAUAUAUCGAGGUUUUCUGGUUUUGUGUGGCGUGAUAAUGAGGAAAAGCAAAUGAUUAAAGUAAAAGAAAAACUUGACAAGUGUAAUAAAGAGAAGUUACUGGAAUUCUGUGAUUUGUUUGACUUAACAAUUGCAAGGGCAACAACGAGGAAGGAAGAUAUUAUUACUGCGCUGAUAGACUUUUUAGGUGCUCCUCAUGCAACCACUGCUGUGUUACUUGCAGAAAAAGAGAAGGGAAAAAAGCGGAAGCGUUCUGUAAAACGGGGUUCAUCAAGAUCUGGGACAACUUCGAGACGUUCUGCAAAGAGGCUGAAGAAAAAUGAAGAUUCUUCAGUAGUGCGGAGACAGAGUACAACUGACACAGAGGAUGAGUCAGAGGAAGACGAGAAAGAUGAUGAAAAUGAGGAGGAAGAUGAGAAAGAUAAUGAAAAUGGUGUUCCUGAAAAAUCUGAGGAUGAAACACCGGAGAAAUCUGAAAGUGAAGAGAAAAGUGAUUCUGGGAGUGAAUCUGAAGACAUGAAAGAAAAGAAAAAACCUUCUAAAACGUCAUCGACAAAAAAGGAACCUGCUAAGAAAAGUAAAAUCGAGAAAAUUACAGUUGCCAAUAAAUCUCAUUCACCACCGAAAAGAGCACCUAAGAAACCUUCAUCCAAUAUCUCAAAUUCUGAGGAUGAUAAUGACGGAAGUCCAAAUCCAAAGGUUUUUUCAAGGAAGAAGAAAAACGAGAAAGGAGAAAAGCAGAAGACUGAUGAUGAUAGCAAUGAAAGUCCAAAUCCAAAGGUUUUUUCAAGGAAGAAGACUAAUGAGAAAAAAGGAGUGCAGAAGAGGUCAACAACACCUACUAAGUCUGCCUCCAAAGAGAAAACUGCAGAAAAGGUUGCCAGAGGAAAGAGCAUGAAAAAGGAGAAGCUGAGCCCCAGUGAUACUCAAUUGCGUGAGGCAAUAUGUGAAAUUCUUAAAGAAGUGGAUUUCAAUACGGCCACGUUUACUGACAUUCUGAAGCAACUUGCCAAGCAAUAUGAUAUGGAUCUGGCUCCAAGAAAGGCAUCUAUAAAGCUCAUGAUUCAAGAAGAGCUGACAAAACUAGCUGAUGAAGCAGAUGAUGAAGAUGGAGAAGAGGAUACCGAAAAAGAUAAAACCCCAUCAUCAGGUAAGAAGGUUAAAGCCUGAUUGAUGUGUAGACUUGACUGCUUGGAGAUAGGCUUAGCAAUGUAUAAUACUAUAACCCUUGUUAUACAUGCUUCAUCUGUACACUUUGAUGGGUGGAAGUGGCUGUAACUUAUUCUUAGCAUCCAUCCAAUCUGAAGUAAACAAACUUGUACUUUGUCAAUUUAGGCUUUUGGUGGGCUGCCAAUGUGCAGCUUCUUGUUUACACCAACGGAAUUUGUAGGGUUUAUAUUGUUCAGGAAUACAUCUGACCAAACUACACAGCUCAAACAAUCUGUCUAGUUUAAUAAAUAUUUGACCUCUGAAGUUCUCAUCCA